GCUUCUGCCUUUACUCUCCUUGGAGCAAUCUUCAAUUUCUUUGAAUCAUUUUCACACAUUAAAAAGAAAAAGACAAAACUUGUUUGGGGAGUUUGAUCUUGGAGAUGUCAAGCGUUAUGGAGAAAGAAGGGGUUAGCUUGGAAGAGCUGAAGAAGAGAAUGGCUGAGUUUGCAAAGGAAAGAAAAUGGGAUCAGUUUCACAGCCCUAGGAAUCUCCUGUUGGCCCUGGUGGGAGAAGUGGGGAAAUUAUCCGAGAUAUUUCAAUGGAAAGGAGAGGUUGAAAGGGGACUCCCUGAUUGGGAAGACGAAGAGAAACAACACUUAGGGGAGGAACUGUCAGAUGUUUUGCUAUACCUCGUCAGGCUGUCUGAUAUCUGUGGGGUUGAUCUUGGCAAAGCUGCUAUGAGGAAGAUGGAGCUGAAUGCCAUUAAAUACCCAGUCAAACUUUGCAAAGGUUCAUUCAAAAAGCACACGCUAUUCGAUGCAGAUGAGAGCAGUGUUAAUGGUGACAGUGCUGCUGUGGAUGAUUAA